UUGCCUGAGAAGAGAUAUUCUCCAUUGAGCAAGAGGACAUCUGGGGUUCUGUUGAUCUCCAUUCAGGAAGGCAGGGGUUAAAUUAAAAUUUCUCCCAGGCUCCUCCGCUUUCUGUAGGUCCGCCUUCUCUCUCUCUCGCUCUCCAGUUUUGUUUCCCUGCCUCAGGAAGGACAGGCUGCAGUGGCUGUUCUGGCAGCCACUGCGUUGACUUUCUCUUUAAGGGAAAUUUUUUCUUUUCUGUUCUGGCGUCGGAGACAGAGCUGGGAGCAACGCGAGCCCUCUGAAUUUAAACGGCUCAGCGCUUUUUUCCUCCCGGCUAGCCGCGUUGAUCGGCAGUCACGUCGUUGAUCCUUUUAGCGCCUCAAGGCGGGUGACUCAUCCUCCUCAUUCCCCUCUCGGUCGGAUCGCUCAGCAAUGCCGAAACGGGGAGAGACUCUGCUGUCUUCAGAAGAAGACAGCGAGGAUUCUUGCAAACGCCCCCAGCACGGAGCGGGCAAUGCAGAAUUCAGCCAAACAGACGCGACCGCAGCCUUCUCAGAGGGAGAGACGCGCCAUGCAGACGGCUCCCUCCCGGCUGAUUCUUCGCGCCAAAAAAGCGCGCGCAAAAUGGCUGGCGGCCAUGGCGGUUCGCGCAUUAAUAGCCCAAUGUACCCUGGUGUCCCGGGUCAGGGCUCUACUAUGGCUGCACCACAACAGGAGGAGGAGUCCACAGAGAGUCUACAGGAGGGCGGUAAGCUCUCAUUGAGAGAACUAAAGUCUGAGUUAUUUGACUUUGUUAAGGGAGCUCUACAACAGGAAAGAGCAGUUAUGAGGGAGGAGAUGAUUGAACUUUACAGAUCUCAAAUGGUCCCUUGUCCAGCGAGCCCCCCUUCCAGCUCCAUAGGAUCUCUUUCUAAACAAGUAAUUAGAGACAAUAAAAGAGCUGGCCCCUCUUGGCAAACCAAAGCAGCCCUUAAAAGGCCAAGAUUAAUUCCUGAGCCCUCUGGGAAUUCUUCAGAUUCAGAGCCACCCAGCAGGGAGGAAGGGGAAGUUUUAUCAGAUCAGGAGGAUGCAGAGGAUAUGAAAGUCACUGCACAGUCCUCUCGCCUUUUCCAGAUGGAUGAUUACCAAUACUUAUUGGCAAAAGCUGUUGCUGCCUUACACCUGGGGGAAGCACAAAGUGGGGAGGGCUCCUCGAAGCGCAAGUCCACAUCUCUCCACAAGGGGGAUGGGGAAUUUUUUCCUUCCAACCCUAAUGCCAAGAAGGUUUUUCCUUUUCCAGAAUAUUUUGAGACACAAGUCAUUAACCAAUGGGAAAAACCAGCAGCCAACAAGCGGUGCCCCAAUUUCUUACGCAAGUUAUAUGAUUUACCUGUAUAUGCUAACAAUAUUUUGCAAGUCCCCAUUAUAGAUGGCCCUGUAGCUGCGCUGCAGAGCUCAGGCCUAGUAUCCAAGGAUGGCAGAGGACAGAUUAAAGACUUUCAAGACAGGAGAUCAGAGCAAUUUUGCAAGAGAACUCAUGAAGCAGCCGCCAUGGCCAUCAGAGCUUCUGCUACUGCCUCCAUUGUUUCCAGAGCAUCCAUCGUUUGGGCAAGGAAGGUGCUGGAACUUCUACCCCCUACGGAGACCAAAGCCAUAGAGGGAGUUAACAGAAUGCUAAAAGCUGCCAGCUUCGCUGCUGAUGCUACCUUGGAUUCAGUCACCUUCUCAGCCCGUUCUAUGGCUUCCGCAGUUGCUACUCGUAGACUGUUAUGGCUGAGAGCGUGGCAAACCGAUUGGAGGUCCAAAUCCAUGGUCUCGGAGUGCGCUUUUCAGGGUGAGAAGCUGUUCGGGGAAGACCUUAAAGAAUUCUUAGUAGACCCCAAGGAGAAGCCAAAACAUCUGCCAAAGCUUUUUCGUACCUUCGACAGAAAACAGUCAUCCUACUCCAGCUUUCGUCCACAACAGGGAUCUAGUCAAUUCAAAAGAGACAGCUUUCGACGUCCUUACUGGAACCAGAGUCGACAGCAACCCAAGAAGGGCUUCAAUUAUAAGAAGAACACAGGCUCCGAACGUUACAAUCAAGACAAUCGCCAAUCCAAAGCAUGACGUCAAGCACUACGCAGUGGGAGGAAGACUCCUAAAGUUUUGCCAGACGUGGCAAGCCUCCCACACAGACGCAUGGUCUCUGGAAAUAGUAAAAAACGGUUAUGUAAUAGAAUUCCUCUCUCUUCCUCUACCACGUUUCAUGAUGUCUCCAGUAUCCAAACUUCCAGAAAAAAGAUACAGGAAACUGAAAGCUAUCUCUCAUCUCUUAGAAAUAGAGGCGAUAGAACAUGUACCACUAGAACAGAGGGAGCAGGGAGUUUACUCUAUCCUCUUUACUGUACCCAAGAAAAAUGGAGAGUGGCGUCCAAUUUUAGACCUAAAAUACGUCAAUCAAUUUGUCAAACUGAGACGUUUCAGAAUGGAGACCCUGCGCUCCAUCGCGGACUCUCUCCAACCCAGCGAGUUCCUCACCUCAAUCGAUUUGUCCGAAGCUUACUUACAUGUUCCCAUAUUCAAGAACCAUCGAAAAUUCCUCCGGUUUGGUGUAGGAAAAGAUCAUUUCCAGUUCCGCGCUCUCCCGUUUGGACUCUGCACUGCUCCAAGGGUGUUCACCAAACUUCUCAUCAACCUAGUAGUCCUACUCAGGGAAAGAAACAUCAGGUUACAUCCUUAUCUCGACGACAUACUGAUCCGGUCGAGCUCUCGGGAUCAAGCACUAGCAGACGUUCAGGAGACCAUACUAUGCCUAGAGAAACACGGCUUCAUAGUAAACAGGGAAAAGAGCUCCUUGAACCCGCUACAGCAACUGGAACAUCUGGGUUUCAUAAUAGAUACCCAGUCAUGCAAGAUUCUUGUCCCACUUCAAAAACAACAGAUCCUGAGGGAAAGAAUACAUCAGAUUCUUGCAAAGAACAAAUGCUCGAUUCUCACACUUGCCAGUUUGAUGGGCUUACUGAUAGCCUAUUCCGAGGCCAUUCAGUGGGGACGAUUCAGGUCCAGACCACUCCAGAGAUUUCUACUACCUUUUCAGGAAAUCAUCUCCAACAAAAUUCAUCGAUUAGUUGUCGUCCCAAGACCAGUCAAAAUCAGUCUCCUAUGGUGGACAAGAAAGUCCAACCUAAACAUCGGAAGAGUUUUUUGGAUACCCUCCACCAAACAGAUGUUUUCGGAUGCCAGCCUUCAGGGCUGGGGAGCGACACUAGAGGGCAUUCCAGCUCAAGGCACUUGGUCGAAAGCGGAAACCCGUCUACACAUCAAUGUCUUGGAACUACGAGCGAUUCGUCUUGCCCUCAAAUGUUUUCAACACCUGUUGGUAGGAGCCCACGUUCUUGUACGGACGGACAACACAGCAGCCAAAUCGUACCUGAACAGACAGGGGGGCUCCAGGUCGGCAGACCUACAGAGGGAAGCCACUCUACUGUUCCAAUGGGCAGAGACCCACUUAUACUCCAUCCGAGCCGAACACAUCCAGGGCAACCUAAAUAUUCAGGCAGAUUGGUUGAGCAGGCAGUGCAUACACCCAGGAGAAUGGCACCUGAAGGAGGAGAUUUUUCAUUGGAUCUCUCGAAGAUUGGGAGCUCCAGUACUGGAUCUCUUUGCCUCCAAUCUGAACAGACAGCUUCCCAGAUUCAUCUCUCGGUUCCAACACCCGGAAGCGGAAAACACGGAUGCCUUAUCCUCCAGGUGGCCUCCCGGAAUUCUUUAUGCCUUUCCUCCUUUUCCCAUGAUCCCCAGACUCCUACGGAAGAUCAAGGAGGAACAAGCAGACGUCAUUCUUGUGGCACCCUGGUGGCCCAGACGCCCAUGGUUCACCAACAUUUUACAGAUGUCAGUACACAAACCCUUAGCUCUCCCGCUUCACCAAGACUUGCUCAGUCAGGGUCCCAUCUUUCACCCAGAUCCAAAGCGGUUGAACUUGACCGCCUGGAGAUUGAAAGGCGACAAUUAGUGUCUAGAGGUUAUUCCACAGCCGUAUUAAACACUAUCCUAGCUUCAAGAAGGCCUUCCACCAAGAGAAUUUAUAACACCACGUGGAAAGCUUUUGUCAGAUGGUGUUGGCGAAAAAAGGUCCCGCCUACGGAACCCAAGAUCAGUGACAUCUUAGCCUUCCUACAGGAGGGUUUGGAAUCUGGCCUUAGAACCAAUACCCUUCGCAGACAGGUGGCAGCACUGACAUCAGUACUUCCUAGACUAGAAGGUUUUGUUCCUACCUCUCACCCACACAUUGUCAGGUUUCUCAGGGGAGCCUCCUUGAAAGAUAGACCAGUCAACCACCAUUUUCCAACAUGGAGGUUACACACUGUCUUACAUGCACUUACUGCAACUCCCUUUGAGCCCAUCAUGGACAUUCCGCUAAAACACCUCAGAAUGAAGGUAGUCUUUUUAAUUGCCAUCACUUCUGCCAGAAGGGUUUCUGAGCUGGCAGCGCUUUCAAUAAAACCCCCACUAUGUGUAUUUCACAAGGAUAAGGUGGUCUUGCGUACGGACCCUGCGUUCAUUCCCAAGGUUAAUUCUACAUUCCAUAGACGACAGGAGAUAUUUCUCCCUACUUUUUGCCCAGAUCCAAAACACCCUAAGGAGGCAUAUUGGCAUAAGCUUGACGUCAGGAGAGCCUUGAAGGCCUUUCUGAUUAGGACCCAAGAGUUCAGACGCUCAGAGGCCUUGUUCAUUUAGAUAGCUAACCAUAAUAGAGGUCAAAAACUCUCCUCCCCCGCCAUUAGUAAAUGUCUGAGAGAAUGUAUAGCCGAGGCAUAUAGAGUACAGAAAAUGACAAUUCCGGCUGGGAUUACGGCUCAUUCUGUCCGUAAUGCUUCCACCAACGCAGCCUUUAACAAUAACGUGCCCGUGGCUGAAAUAUGUAGAGCAGCA